GUGCGCUUGUUAUGUCACACUCAGUGAGGAGAGCACAACAGCAGCUAGAUUCAGCGCGAGGGUCACAGAAGAGCUCCAUAAAAGCAGUUUCUCAGGCAGGAUGUUGGGAGCGGUGGUUGUCGGCAUUGGCACAGCAGGUAGGGUGAGGAUUAGAGACAUGGUCUCUCCUCUACCCGGCAGCACUGCAGAGAAACUCAGUGUUAAAGGAUUCAUAUCCAGGAGAAACCUGGACCCUCAGCAGGGAGUGAGUCAGAUCUCAGUGAACGAGGCUGUGAGCAGAGAGGACAUUCAGGUGGCGUUUGUCUGCACUGAGAAUAUGUCGCAUGAGGACUACAUCAGAACUUUUCUGCAGGCAGGGAAACACGUGUGUGUCGAGUAUCCAAUGACUGUGAACUACAAGGCUGCUGUGGAAAUGUGGGAUUUAGCCCAGGAAAAAGGAGUGAUUCUCCAUGAGGAACACAUCGAGCUGCUAACAGAAGAGUACAAACAGCUGAAGAGAGAGGUAGAGGGAAAAAUCCUGCAGGAAGGGACUCUUCAUUUUACUGGUGGAGCUCUGAAACCUGGAUUUGGUUCCCAAGUUUUCAGUGGCAUUGCUCGUCUCACCUGGCUGGUUGAAUUGUUUGGUGAGCUGUCAGUAACCACAGCAACCAUAGAAGAAGACUCUGCCAACAACUACAGGAAGACCACUGCAAAGUUGUUGACAUCUGACAACAGACCUCUGACAUGGAUCGAAGAACGGGGACCGAACCUCCCCAGGGCCAAAAACAUCAACUUCCAGUUUGACUCCGGCUCUCUGACCCAGUUACCUCCUGCACCCGGAGGGGCUGUGGGGCUCUUCAUGCAGGACCUGAUCCACUUCUCGGCCAAGCUGGCAGGACAAGUGAGUCCAGAGGAGCUCCAGAGAGAGAAAAUCCGGAUCCUGCACUGCCUGCAGCUGGCUGAAAGGAUAGAUCAGCUCUGCCAGAGAUAAAUGGAGACUCUCCAACACGUUCUCAUCCCAACUCGUCACAUGCAGCCGCUCUGUCAGUAACCUUCUGCAUCUGCUAUGGACAUUUUAAUUAUCUUUUGCAUCAUCUGUUUAGGCUCCAGGAUGUCAUUAUCUUGACGUCAACAAAUGCACAUGGUGGGAUGAUGCAGCACGUCGUUAUGUUUACACAACAGUACAAACUGUCAUGAUGACAAAAGAGGCACGAUGGUAAGGUGUAGGAAAAAAAACGCACACACAACCACAUGAGAAGCAAACUCCAGACAUCCGCACAGAAGUCGGUUGUUUGUGGGACCCAUCAACCUCCCUCCCCACAUGCCGAGUAAGUGCUCCCGUGCUCCUUAUUUUACGUGGUUACUAGCAGCAUUACUACCUGACACUUCCCUUCAGCGUUUCAUGAGCAAGCGACGGGUUAAGCCCGUCUGCAUUCUCAAGUGACGCCACCCGUGCGCAUUGCAUUUGGACGCACCCAACGCCACCGGUUCUGUCCAAGCACAUUCUCACGCCGUAAGCACUGCCAGAGCGGCACUAUUUGACGAGUUCGGAGUGAGAACAGUCUGGACUCUCUAGUCAGUGAUUGUCAUUAAUCUUGUUGGAAUUUUAACAUUUAUUUAUAUUUCAAGGCUAUUUCAUCACCAUGCCCUUAAGUUUUCUAUCAUAUGUUGUGAAAACUAGUCAAGUAUGAAACAGUGUUACUACAGAUAGUAUUGUCAUUUCAUCAAAACAGAGAUUGCUACAGUUUGAAAGCUGAACACAUCCUGACAUGAUCAGCUCAUAUUAAAACAUUGGUGCCUGAAAGAACACUGCAAACAUCAUGUAGAGCAGGGGUCGGAUGCAUAAAACUCUACUUAGACUGAUGACUAACACUGCAUGCAAAGAGGCGGAAA